UAUAUAAUCACUUGUUAGUUUGCAAACCAAGCAUCACCACCAGCAACAUGCGUGAACUUCUGCUCGUCUCUUGCCUGCUGUUCUCCGUUUACGGAGCUUCCAUCAAUGAUCCAUACCAGCUAGAUGGACGCAUUAUAGGGGGCUAUCAAAUCAGCAUUAGCAAUGCUCCUUACCAGGCAGCAUACGAGCUGAAUGGUCGACAGAAAUGCGGUGCUAGCGUCAUCAGUAACAAUUAUGCUCUUUCUGCGGCCCACUGUAGCAUCAGCGAUGCCGUGGCGAGCGUCUCCAUACGAGUGGGCACAGACCAGCGCGCCAGCGGUGGCUCGGUGCACAAAGCAUCGCAGAUCAUCAACCACGAGAAAUACAGCACCUUCCCCUCUCCACGUUUCGACAUAUCUCUCAUCAAGGUGGCCACUCCCUUCGUGCUCAGCGCCAGCGUGAAGGCCAUCCCGCUGGCGACGGUGCUGCCGGCGGCGGGCAGCGCCGUGGCCACCUCGGGCUGGGGCGCCACCUCCGAGGGCGGCUCCGCCUCCGCCCACCUGCUGCAGGUGCAGGUGAACGUGCUGAGCCAGGCGGACUGCAAGCGCGCCUACCCGCUGCGCAUCACGGACCAGAUGUUCUGCGCCGGCGUGUCGGGCGGCGGCAAGGACACGUGCCAGGGCGACUCGGGCGGGCCCCUGGUGCACGGCGGCCAGCUGGUGGGCGUCGUGUCGUGGGGGGUGGGCUGCGCGCGCGCCAGGUCGCCGGGCGUGUACGCCAGCGUGCCGGCGCUCGCCGCGUGGGUCAAGCAGCACGCCGGCGUCUGACCUCGCCCGGAAUAAAGAAUAUGCAUUCACAGUGAA